UUGACGUUAAAUCCACCAGAAGGUAUUAUCGCUGGGCCGAUCUCUGAAGAGAAUUUCUUCGAAUGGGAAUGUUUAAUAAGUGGUCCAGAAGAAACAUGUUUUGAAAAUGGUGUCUUUCCCGCGAAAAUAAUUUUUCCUCAGGAUUAUCCCUUAUCGCCUCCUAAAAUGCAGUUUACUUGUGAUAUAUUUCAUCCGAACAUUUACCCGGAUGGUAGAGUUUGCAUAAGUAUUCUACAUGCACCAGGUGACGAUCCAACUGGUUAUGAAUCAAGUGCUGAACGUUGGUCACCAGUUCAGUCAAUUGAAAAAAUACUUUUAUCCGUGAUAUCAAUGUUGGCUGAACCAAAUGAUGAAAGUGCGGCAAAUGUGAAUGCAGCAAAAAUGUGGCGUGAAGAUCGCCAACAAUUCGAGCAAAUUGCCGAUAAUCUAGUGCGAAAAACAUUGUGUCUUCCACCAAAAUGUACUUCAAAUUGUCGAUAA